UUCUGUGCUUACGUCUCACAUAAGCUGCCAAAGUUUUAUUCUCUUCGUCGCAAAUUGUGACAGAAAAGUGGAGUGAAUCUCGUGUCAAUUAAGCGUUAUUUGACUGGACAAUUGUAACUUGCAAAUAUAACAGUGUUGUUCAUUCAGAAAGGAGUCAUACGGAGCUUUAUUCUGGUUUCGGCGGCCCCGUUUGCGACAGCACUAAUUGCUGUUUGCGGAGUGACAAAUUAAAUAUGGAGUAACGAGUGGCAAGAUGCGGUGGUUCAGGAAGGGCGAGCCGCCGCGGCUGCUUGCUGUCUCUCCUGAAACAGAACCUCGGUCUUCACGGAGAUCCAGAAUAGAUAUGUCGCCAGUGCGCUACCCAGAUCGAAAAAGUAGCAGUAGUUCAGUUGAGACGAGUUUCUACAAUUUAAGCGACCAAAUAAUAAUUGUUGAGAAAUCUCCCAAUUCAUGUCAGAGGAGUUGCGAAACCCCAGUUACUCGACGAAUAUCGUUGCAAAGCGGGCCCACUACACCGCCUUCGGACUUUCAGAAUACUAGUCGUAAGCACCGCGGUGGCUCUUUAGAGAAAGAGUACGUGGUGUAUCGUGAAAAACGUAAUCCGUUACUCGAUAAAGUUAAAAGCACAAAACUGUCAUGUUUCAAAUCAAAUGGUCCUAUGCGGCAUGGAGACGACGCUGCCUCGACAUCUGGAAGUGACUGCAGUGGAUUUGGACACGUUGAGGAAACACAUUGUCGUUACGUGGAGAGUUUUCCUGAACACACGGAGUUUGAAAAUCAUAAUCCUUGGGUUAAAAUGUCGAAUUAUGAUGACGAUGUAUUCUAUGCCAAGAGUCCAGUGGAGUGUACUUGGCGAGAAGGUAAAUCAUUUACCAAUAGAGGAACUCGGUGUUACAGCUCUGGGUCUGAGUGUGAUCGAUACCAUGUUAUACCAAAAGCUGGAACGAAGCUGUCAAAAUCGAGUGACCAAAUAUUUAAUGAUGAUUAUGAAUCUUUUCAUGAGCCACCGAUUUCCGCCAGAUCGCACAAAAAGACUGAUAAAGUGAAAGAUGACAAAGACACAAUCGGUCCUAGUUCUUGUCUAACAGCCAAGCUUCGAGCUAUGUCGGAUAGGUAUCUUAAAUCCUCCACAAACAAAUUUUUUUCAAAACUAUAUAAGCAAAGUGGAGAGGACGAAGACGCCGCAAGUGUUGGAAACGACACCGUAGCAAAAUCAACCAGUGCAGUAAAUAAAAGUAGAAAAAAAAGAGGUGGAGUAAAGGCUAAAUUGAGAAGCUUUUCAUACGGUGCUUUGCCUGGACUCGAUGAAUUUCAAAAAGGCCAUAAUUCUGUAUUUCAUGAUGAUGUUUACCAAGUAUCUUGUGAUGAUGAAAAUGUUUUAAUACCAGACUGUGAAGACGCAGAUUCAGGUAUUCUAGUCAAUGAGUCAGCAGCUUCAUCUUUAUUUGAGAGUGAUAGAAUAUCAUCACGCUGUGAAAGUUCUGCUUCGCAUUCUAAUCCUCAGGGACCUUGUCACAGUAGAAGCGUGUCUGGGGAUCAAACUUACUCAAAAUCACGUAUAUCUUGUAGGAGAAGUAGAGAAAAGAAUGAACAUCCUAAACCUAGACCUCGGCAAAAUCAGAGAGCUUUAUCUUUGGAUCGUAAAGAAAUACUAAGGCGAAUGCCCAAGAAUCCUGAACAUACGGAGCCUCAAUAUCUUCAGCUAACUGAGAAACAAAAAAUGCGUCAGCGAAAUGCUACUCAGGGAAAUUGUGGAAUACCUCCUAUACCACCUUGUCGCAAACCAACUAAAAUUUGUUCAAACAAAGUGCAGUCAGAAUUUAAAGUCGUUAGAAUAAUGAGAAGAAAUCCUUGUGAUGAAUUAGGAAUCUUCAUAGCUAAAACUAAACUUGUGGAUGAAGGUCAUGUGGGCUACCUAGUAGCACACGUUGUACCUGGUGGACUAGCCGAUAAGGAAGGUACAUUACGCAUAGGUGACGAGCUGCUUAAUGUAAAUGGUAGAAGAUUGCGCGAUCUCACAAUGGCGGAAGCUAAGGAAGCACUAAGAUCUGGUUCAUCCGAAAUCGAUAUUGUAAUUUGUAGACAACGUGAGAAAACUGUUCCAGAAGUGCGACAAAGGGAGCUGCCGCCAAAGAAUGUGGUUUUAAUGCGGGAAAGUUCCGUCGAUUACGAGAACGCAAUAAUAUUAGGCAAGGAAAAACGUGGCGAUAAAUAUGACAUCAGAACUAGCAAGCGUCAUUCCCAGGACGAACCCACAUGUAAUCGCGUCGCUUUAUCAGCGUCCACAGAGGCGGACGCCGCCGCCGACACGCAGACACGCUUCCUGAAAGGCCAUAACGCUAGUUACAGCAGUAUGAACAACAAGUUAUUACGUCGGCAGGUCGUCAGUUACGGCGGCUCAAAUAAAGAAGGACUAACGCUCAGUUGUACCGGUGAUAUUGUUGAUGUGGAUGUCCCAGACGGCGUUACCCGGACUUCGGAAAAAAAUGAUAGUGAAUGUGAUAAUAAUAUGCAAAACCAAAACGCUGCGAACUUUUGCACGCUCCCUCGAAGACCUCGGGCGCCUACGCACACGUAUCAUACCAUCACGUUUGAGAAAGGACACGGGAAGAAACCGCUCGGAUUUACUAUUGUUGGAGGACGGGAUUCCCCUCGAGGUCCCUUAGGAAUUUUCAUAAAGAGCGUCCUUCCACAGGGCCAAGCUGUUGAGGACGGAAGAUUAAAAGCUGGUGAUGAAGUGUUAGCUGUAAAUGGACAAGCUUGCCAUGAACUGGCGCACGUAGAAGCUUUAGCUCUAUUUAAAGCGGUUCGCAGCGGAUCUAUCGAGCUCCGUGUUUGCCGCAGAGUAAAAAAUCAAUCCUUCAAAGCCAAAUCUUGCACAGAUCUACUCAACGAUGAUGACUGAGAAGUUUAGGGGCAAGAGAAAAACUUUUACGUUGGUAUCUCAUCAUGAUUUUAAAGUUAUUAGGGAUUCGGUACUUACUGUCUCAAUAUAAAAUUAUUUGCCGACAACCCUGGAAAAGUCUUAAAAUUAACCAUAAAAUAUUAUAAAACUCAUUACUUUCCUUACCAAUAAAUCAUACAUAUUAAUACGAAAGUACGUUAGUUUCUCCAUUUUUCAAGGGAGUGACAUGUUGACUAAGUUUUUCGCAUAGAUAUAGUACAUAAGAGCCCGAAGAUAGACAUAGCCUAAUUAACACGCGGAUGAAGUCGAAAGAUACUUUUUUCAUGUCUAUAGAUUAGAUGUGUGAAAUAUAAAAUCUACUUACAUUUAUUUAUGUCCAAUGUUGCUCGAAAAAAUAUCUAAUGAAAUUUAUGUAAUUUAAAUUUUACUAUUGUUAAAAACUUUUUCAUACUAUGCAUACAUUAUUACAUUUUUCAUAAUAUUAUUUUUCAACUGGUCUAUAAUAUACAGAAAAACAUGGAGACAAUGUUUUUGUACAAUAUUUCCAUUUAUUGUUAUAUUAUAAUGUAGAGUAUUGAAAACAUAUCGUAAUAAACAUUAUUUUACAAUAGCAAAAUUAUUAUCGCCACUGAUCGAAGAAGUAAAUAAAAAUGUGUAUUCUGCAUUUCCCAAAAUUGUAUCGCAGGAUGUGAAAGCUUGGAAUGUUUAUAUUAAGAUAAUUAUUCAGGUAUUUUAUUGUGCCAUUCAUUAAAUAUAUAAAUUGCACGCCGUUUCUGAAAAUAUAAGGCUUAAACUGUUAAGCUUCUUUGCUCCAAAUUUAACUUAAAAUCUGUACUUGACUUUAGUUUGUUUAUUUUAAGAAUAAAACUCAAUUCCUUUGUGCACACUUAAAAUUAAGAGUAGGUAAUCCCAAAGAUAAAAUUAGGUUACUACUUACUACCCCGUAAUCUCCUGUAACGUUUUAGGGCUUUUAUAAGACUGUGCUGCGUUUUAUAUAUAAUGUAAAAAUUAUAAUACAAUAGUUACAUACAUAGGUACAUGUUAGAUUAGUUUAACCCUAGAAUUAGUUAUUCUAUAACUGUGCAAAUAUAGACUUUAAAAGAAACGACAAACUGUAGUUACGUUAAUAUGUCAAAUUUGAAUGGCAUAAUACUUUACCAAACUUUAGAUCUGACCCGGGAACAAAACUCCUCGCAAUCGAAGUGAAAAGCAGAGUGUGUAGGACAUAAAACCCAUUUUGUGCCCUUGUAGCACAAUCUAUCUACUAUUGACUCACGGCAACUUGACGAAUUGAAAUUUAAUCGGUCAGAUUAUAAGGUAAACUCCAUACAAAUUGAUAGAAUUACGUAAAAUUUUAAAUGUAACAUUAGUGUAAAGUAAAUUUUUUCCUACCUGUCCUACAGUUUUACUUAGUGAAAGUCAUAAAACAUUAAAUUAAUCGGUAUACCUACCUUAAUUACCUUAAAAAAUCUCUGGUUAUAUCAAUUAUUAUACCUAUACAUUUUUCAUUCCUACUUUUUAUGUCGAUAAUUGUAGGUACUAUUUUUAUAACCUACUUCCCAUUAGAAAGUUCGAAAAUAUUGAACAUGUAAAAAAGUUGUUUAUCACAACGUUAAUAAUCAUGUUUGAAAAGCCCUUUUUACGUAUACUUAUUUAUUUUAAAAGUUACACUGCGGUAUUUGCGUUUGAACUAAACGUAACAUUGGCGUAAAUCUCUCAACUUGCUUGACGGGACGGACGAAAGAUCUAUAAGCGGAAAAUAAGCGGAUUAACGCAAGUGCCACGUUUGGUAACUUCAUAACUUGGUUGUUUUGAAGAUGCCUGCACAAACUUGAUGAUGAACUUACAAUUAUUUAUUUACUAAGUUGUAAGUUUAAAUGAAAAAACUAACGUAACAUCCGCGUUACUGUAAAUUAGUCAUUUUAUGAAGUGAAUAAAACUGUCACGCAAGAUGUUUAAUCCAUUUAUGGUUAAAAUAGGAAAAGUUCAUUAACGUAAUUUGUCAAUAUUAAGUUAUUAAAAUACUACUUGUAAAUUGUUUUGGAACAAAGAUAUACGUAAUUGUGUUUUAAACUAAAUUUUAUAGAUGGUAACACGAGCAUAGAGCUGUAGCAUUAGUAAUUUUUCAUGAAAACGAAAUGCCUUUUUGUAUGGAGGCCCCGAACGUCAUACAAAUUUUACAGAUUAAUGUAACUCCAACGUUUAUUUUUAUUAAGUUUUUCCACUUGAUAAGUAACGCUAGGGCAGGCAGCAUAGUCAACAUACCUAAAGAGAGAGUAAAGUAUGUGAAAUGUGCCUCCAGCUACUAAGAUUUUCUGUUACCUGAAGCCACAAAUAAAAAUAAACUGCUCACAAAAUUUUGAGCACAAUAAUACGUUAGAAAAAUUAACAGUUAUAUUGCACUAAACGGAUAGAAAUUGAAACAAUGUAAAAGUUUUUUUACCAAACUGGUUCAGUAUGUUACUGAAAUUAAAGAAACUUAUCCCUUAAUAUAUAUGUUCCUUAAUUUCUCAUAUUCUCAUAUUUUUUAAUUAUUCAUAUUGUCCCCCUGCUCUGUCCCCUCAGGGAAUGGGAAUUAAAAGUCCGGUCUGUCCCCCCGCUCCCGACGAGGAGACAGAUCAAACAAUUUUUUUCCGAUAUGUCCCCCCGAAUUAUUUUUCGGGAGACAGAUAGGGACAGACUAAAUAGAAAGGAUAAUCCCUCUGGUUUAUCUGACCUUUCUUUAUUAUUAGUUUAAUGUGAGAAAAACAAACCAGUGUGUUAAAAUAAUGUUGUUUAUAAUUUUUAAAACAUGCUUUGCAAAAAGUAAGAAAACAUAGAUUAAAAAUUGUAUUUAGAGGACAGAUGUCGUACGUUAGAAUUAAUAGACAACAAAUACUUUGUACAAAUAUUAAAGAAAAGUUAUUCAAAACUGCAAUCAAAUAUUGAACAAAGGCACCAAAAAAGUGUUUAUAAUAUUUUAUUAAUGAUCUGAUCACUGUGAUAGUUUAAGAACAAAUUAACACCAAGUGUAAGACAAAGAUUUUCAAAGCGGUAACAAAAAUUGGGGAAAUAAAGACGUACAGUUAUGUUUGCGUACCGUUAUUUAUGAACUUGGGUAAUACUAACAUUAUUCAGAAGCUGUGUGUACAAUUUAUGAGUGUAUAACAUUUUUUGGCAAGAUUAAGCAAUCUAGUAGUCGAUUUAUACGAGCGUAAAUAAUCUAGAUUACCUACGAAUAUGUAUUCAGUUCCGCUAUAAAGAUAGGAAUCAAUAAUAAACCUUCUGUAAACAUUUAGUACGUGAAAUAAGUACAUUUUGCUGUCAAAAUUAAGUAUAGGUACAACCAUCUGUACACUUAUUAUAAGAUAGGAUUUGCAUGCUUAUAAUGUUGUCGUCGAUUUUGAGUAUCGAAGACAUUAUAAUUAUUUCGUCAAAGCAAAAUUGACCUCUAAUAUUACUUACUUUUGCGCGCAAUCUUUGUAAUCUUGUUUUGUAUUUUGAUAAAACGCGCUUACUGUAGAAUUGUGGACGAAUUUGAGCUUUACAACAAAAUUCUAUUUUACUCUGAUGUCACAGAGUAUUGAUGGUCGAAACCGACUAUCGGUUAUUAUUAUGUAAAAGUCCGGUUCGGUUCCUCUACAGUUUCGACUAAUCGUUCAAAUGUUAUACCUACUUACUAAGGAUUACUAUUCAAGCAAUGUAAAAAAAUAUAUUAUAAGUAAGUACCCGUGGUGUCAUAGUCAUAUUAUUUCUGAUACCCAUAAAAACCCCUGAUAUUAUGUUUGAACGCUUUGUCAAUUUAUAACGUCAUCGUAUU